AUGUUAGCUUCAUUAGGGAUGCGAUCAUAUAUGGUCAAUGUAGAAAGCAAGUGUUCGCUAAGGUUUCUGAAAUUGUCAGCUGAGCCAAGCAAGCUAUCUAAUUACUCGUAUAGGAAAAUUGUGACUAUCUUUAAUCCAUCCAGUAUGCAAUUCACCACCUCAACACAUAUAUCCAUCUCGAAUCCUUUCCUAAAUUCGAACGUUCUGCGCGAAACAAGGAGGCUUAUCUAUGCUACUGAAGCAAAGCACAAUAUUUCACUUCCUGAAAAUGAUGAGAAACUGAAAAAAGCGGAGGAGGCAGUCCAGAAGGAGCACAGGGAAGCGAAACCUACAGGAUUAUUUGCAAAAUUGAAAUAUUAUUUGCAACGUUAUUGGUAUAUUGCUAUUCCAAUACACAUUGCAAACUGUAUCGUUUGGUUUACUGUCCUUUAUAUCACUGUCAAAAGCGGUCUUGAUGUUGCUGCAUUACUAGAGAAGUGCCAUGUACCUAAUUAUGUUGUUGGUAGAGUAAAAUCAGUUCCUUCGAACGCAGGAGUUGCUGUUGUAGCCUUUCUGUUGUACAAGAUCGCUACUCCAUUUCGUUAUGCUACUACUGUGUUACUAAUACAGCUUAGUUUCCCUAUUCUUCGACGAAUGGGUAUAAUGACAGCAAAGGAAGUGAAAUAUAAAAUGCGAUUGAAAUAUACGAAUAAAGUAAGAAAAAUAAAACGCCGUUAUCAACUAAAGUUUAAUAGAGUGGGAUCUGUCGGAAAUAAAAAACGGCAGAAUACCAGUGGAAUUAAAAAAUCCUAG